CCACCAAACAAACUGAAACUGAGAGACAGCUUUUGCGAGGAAGCGAAUUUAGCAGAAAAAGUACAGAAAUGGCCGCUACGGCAGAACUCGACAAGAUUCAUGCUUUUUCAACAACUCAUGAUUGGGAAUCUGCAGAUUAUGAGCCUGACCUUCCGGUCUCAGAGAUGUCCAACCCCCUAACGCGUGACAUCGACAGAGCUCCAGCCCGCGGCAUCGUGAAGAUGUUGCAGGCCUGCGACGCCCAGAUGUUUCAGGACGAGUCAGGAGCAGCCUAUGAGAGACUUUUGAGCGACCGAGUGGUGAAAUCCUUGAUGGAGGUGGCUGAGAGGGUGCAGCUCAUUCUCAAGGAUCCUCAGGACGGCCUCAUCGUGCUGAGUGGCUGUGGCACUUCUGGGCGACUUGCGUUCCUCGUCACGUCCAGAUUUAACAGAAAGCUGCGGCAGCUCAACCGCGCCGCCGUCUGCUCGUACAUCAUCGCGGGAGGGGACAGAGCUCUGCUUUCCUCCCAAGAGGCUCCGGAGGACGACCCCAUGUUGGGCGCGCUCAGUCUGAAAAAGGUAUCCGAGGGGAAAAAGAGAGUCUUGUUCAUUGGCAUCUCCUGUGGAUUAUCUGCUCCGUUUGUGGCCGGCCAGUUGGACUUCUGCCUCCAGCAUCCUGACGUCUACACUCCUGUGCUGGUAGGCUUUAAUCCUGCACACCAGGCCCGGAACGAGGCCAUACCUGGCUGCACGCUCACGUUUCGCAGCGUGGUGGCAAGGAUGCAAGACCUCGCUAACAUGCAGAAGGCCUUCCUCAUCAACCCAGUGCUCGGGCCGGAAGCCAUCAGCGGCUCCUCGAGGAUGAAGGGAGGCAGCGCCACCAAGAUUCUCCUGGAGGCCGUCUUUUCCGCCGCUCACGCCGCCCAUUUCUCCAGAACACCCAUCACAUACAAUGGGAUUCUGCAGCACAUGAGAUCUUAUGAAAAGGCUCUGGACGUCACAUACGCACAAACAGAGGGAAUAGCUGCUCUGGUGGAGGCUGCUGGACACAGUUUGCAGUGUGGGGGGCGGGUGUGUUACCUGAGCUGGGGCUUCCUCGGGCUGCUGGGCCUCAUCGAUGCCAGUGAGUGUAAGCCCACAUUCGGAGCAGACUACGAAGACAUCCGAGGCUUUGUCAGCGGAGGCUACAAAGAGCUCGGCAACAACGAGGGGGAUUUAAAGUUAACGGAUCCUGAGUUUGGCGUCGCACACGACGACUUUCUGAACGGCGUUCUGCCCCGUCUCACUGACAAGGACACGGUUCUGCUCCUCUACUCUCUCUCUGGUGUGACAAAUGAUGUCGACGGGGUGGCCGAGCUGGCCCGCCGAGUGAGAGAGAAGACAUCUAACGUGCAUGCUGUUUAUCAUCAGACCGAUGGAGACACCGCUGCACAACAAGAUGAAAUAAAUAAACUUUGCUCAUCCACCCUCAACUUCACAUGGCCCAAAGAAACACCUGCUUUAACGAGCCUGCAACACGCGCGGGAGCUGUGCACCAAGCUGGUCUUGAACGCAGUGAGCACUGGCGCUCACAUCCUGAAGGGAAAGGUGUACCAGAACUACAUGAUCGACCUGCAAGUCACCAACAGCAAGCUCUACCGCAGGGCCGCACGUUUACUCCAGAAGCUGUCUGGUCAUCCGGAGCCACGAUGCGAGGAAGCCCUGCUGAAGGCUAUUUAUCAAGUGGACAAGCUGACGGAGGACACGCUGACCUGCAACCUGAACACGCAUACACACGCUGCUGGAAAGGGCGAGAAGGUUGUUCCCUUGGCUUUGGUCUGCCUGCUGACCGGCUGCUCCAUCAAGGAGGCGAAGUCUCGCUUGGAGCAGAAGCCAGUCGUCAGGGAGGCCGUUGAAGCGUGCUUGCUGGAGCAGCAGGCCUCAUCGUUAGGCUCGCUCUGAUCGUAGCUGAGAGCCUGAGUCUGAAAAUUCAAAAACACACGUACCGUACACUGGGGAGGCCCACGCUGGGUGACCGACAAGCCGUGAAUCGAGCGGCAUGGCUGUGAUGGAUGUAUGGGGACGAUCAUUACUGAAGGAGAUGUUGGGUCUGAUGAGAUCCAAUCAGGAGGCAAAGGUUUAAUAUUAUCAUCACUGUUCAGUGUGGGUGUAAUGAUACACAUGUUUAUACAGAAAACAUCUGGUUUAGCCCUGUUGGUUUGGUAUGCAAGAUUUAGACAUCUAUAUAUUAUUAUAAUUUUUUUUCAAAUGAAUGUUUCUUUGUUGUGCAAACGUUUUGCAAUAAUCGUGAACUCCAACAUCGGGUUGAAGCUGUUUUUUAAUAUCAUUUAUGCAGCGAGGCAGUAUUCACUGUUGAAUAAUACCAGAAACAGGGUACAGUGAAUUUCUUUCCUCCCUUCAUAACAAAUGGAAAACACAGCAGCUCAGAGGAGACAUCUGCAGGCAAUGCCGGUCCUUUGCUCAAACAAUCAAUGUGAACUAAGGUCGGCUGAGGCCUUUCUUCAAAUAAACAUGUUUGGUUAGAUUUAUUUAU